AUGACAGGGGACUCACAUGAACUGCGGUCUUUAGCCCUGACCCCCACAUGGUCUGUGGCGACUGUGCUUACGAUCUUGGUUGUUGUUUCUCUGCUGGUGGAGCGCUCAAUUUUCCGCCUGAGUUCUGUAUGCUCUCUCUCUCUCUCUCUCUCUGUUACAGUCCCUUCCUUUCUCGGUUGAUCGACACAACAGGUUCCAACUUUUGUCUGGAUGGGUUGAAUUGUUUCUUGAACUUUGCUUGUGUCUGGAUAUAGUAUCGAGGCAAUAAAAUUAGUGAAGGACGUGGCUUCUCAUGGAAGCGACUUAUUCCGUGGCCUGUGAUUAUUUUUUUGCAUUUAGAAAAUUCCUCUAUUGAUGUGCUUUCAUGAUCUUCCUUCUCUCUCUACAAAGCGGUACAUUGUAGAACAAUCAGACAACUACUGUUUUGAAUUUCCUCAAAGCAUUUGCCUGAAAGAGGAAAAUAUUGUGACACGGAAGGUUUAGGUUACUUGCAUUACUAAUUUACAUAAGAGUCCAUGCCAUAUUUAUGCUAUUUUGUGAAAUUAUAUGAACGUCGUCAUAUUCUGUUUCAAAUAUAAGUUGAGGAUAGUAAUAUGAAGGUCACUUGUACAUUUAUGUAAUUUUUCCUGUAUAUCUGAUUGUAUUUAAAUUUUUUCAGUGGUUGAGGAAAACCCAUCGGAAUCCAUUAUUUGAAGCAUUGGAGAAAAUGAAAGAAGGUAGGCAUCUGCGUUUUUGGGAUAUGGCUGAGAAAAUUACUGCGAAAUUCUUCAAUUUUGUCUGUGUGUAGUUAGUGGCAUCACUUUCAUUUGUAUUCGGUGAUUAAUUCGAUUUCUUUUGCUGCAGAACUAAUGUUGUUAGGUCUGAUAUCACUACUUUUGACUGCCACCUCACGAACUAUUUCGAAUGUAUGCAUUGAUUCAAAGUUCUACAAUAGCAACUUCUCGCCAUGUACCAGAUCUGAGGUUGUUGAGACUCAAGAAACUAAUAGUACUUCGCUACAUGAUCAUAAGGAAAUUAUGGGUAUACUUCAUCAUCUCUCACUUAAGAGGAAGAUGUUAAAUGAUUUGAAUCACAGUACUUGUGGAGAGGUAUGGCAAUUACAAAUUUAUAAGUGUAAAAUUUUGGUUUUAUUUCUCAACAUGUUUAUUUGCAAAGAUCUGACAACAUUUCGACUGUUAUGGAAAAUUUGUAUGCACCUUUAUUCACGGUUCAUUUAAUUUUGUACACGUGGUUAAAUUAUAGCGACAUUACUAUUAUGGAAACACCAAACAAGGCAACAUACGUGAUCAAACAUGAAUUCUGACCGUCUAAAAGUACUAUACUAUGUAAAAUUGUCAUAUAUACUAAACUGGAGAUAACUUAUAAAACUGUCUUUAUUCUAUAGGUUGCAAAGUCUAAAUCGCCUAAAAAGUUUUUACUAUGCUUAAAUGGCAUUAAAACAUUCCUAACCAUCCAUAGAGUAGCAGAUAAAGUUAUAUCUGCAUCUAGAUCAUCAUUUAGUAUUGACACGCAUGCUAAACCUUGACUUCCUCUAAAGGAGGGUAAAUGAGUUGAUUAAACAAUGAAUCACACCGUCAUUAAAGUACAGGUACAAUUACGCAAAAGGUAUCACAAUACAUAUCUCCAUAAAUCAUAGAUUAAUCAUAGAAUAUAUCGUCAACUUUAUUUCAUGUGCACAAUUACUGUAUUUUCAUUCAAAAUAACUUUUUAGACUUGAAUGACAUAAAUCUUGCUGGAAUAUUCUGGUCAGACCUGGGUGCGAUUUCUAUCUAAAAAUUGGUGAGUAUGUACACCUCUUAUUUCACUACGCUAGACCCCGAAGGAUUUCAACAAGCUACCUUUUGGUUUUCUCCAUUUCUUUGUGAAAUUUAUAUCGUUUUUCUAUGGUUUUAUUGACGUAUCAUCCUUAACUUGCAAUUAUUUUUUCUUCAUGCAUUUGGAUAUUUUCUCAAAUUUGAAUGGCAUGUAGUCAAAUAUGAUGCAAAGAAAGCUACAACAUCAUUUGUGGGAAUGGGCAUGACUAAUGUGAUAGCCUCGUUUUUAUCUAAAAAGUAAUGUGACAACCUCUCUUCCCUCCCAUUUCAUCACAUUUGCCUUCAGAAGAUUUCACUCGGCUAUCCUCUAGUCUCCUAUCUUUAUGGGGGUACUUCUCUGAUAAGAUAAGCAUCAUUUCGGCAGCCUCUCUAUCACAUUGUUCAUUUCCCUUAAAUCAUCCAAAUAUUUUUUUGCCCUAUCUUCUCAUGAAAAUAUUUGAUGAACAAAACAUAAUGUGAUUUGAAGUUAUGUGAUAACCAUGCGUGUGCAUGUCAAUGUGCACAAUAAUUUGUUUUGUUGUAAAAGAAAUGUCUAAUGGUUACUUAAUUUCAUUGAAAAUCUCAAUAAUAUGAUAUCAAUCAUCAAUCAACGUAUGCAAAAUGGUGAGAUCAAUGGAUGACGGUCCCUUGAGAAGAAUUUAAUAUACUUUCAAUCUAUUUAUUGUUAGCACAAGAUCAAUAUAUCAUUAUACAUAUUUAAAAGCACAAAUGUAAGUGGAAGAUUAUCCGAUGAGAAUAUAUAGAUGAUUUAAAACGUUAAGUUAUUCCCUCAACCAAUUUCAAACUAAUUCUUCAAUUAUAAUAUAUUAUAUUAAUUGCUUGACAGAUGAUCUACUAUAUUUUUUGACCAUCCUUUUUUCUUGGAUCCAAAGAAGACUCUGCGUGUGUGUGUGUGUGUGUGUGUGUGUGUGUGUGUGAGAGAGAGAGAGAGAGAGAGAGAGAGAGAGAGAGAGUAGGCAUCAAUCAUGAUAUAUGAAGAUGGCAUAUUGGUUCUAUUAUUUUAUCAGCUCUUACAUCUUAUUCGUAAUAAACUUAUCAAAAAAUAUAACACUUUUGUCUCUUAAUUUGAGAAUAAAGCUUCUUAUUCUUACUUAAUAUGGUCGAAAAUAAUGUCUAUGGACAUUAAACCAUGAUUUUUGCAGGGUCACGAGCCAUUUGUCUCAUAUGAAGGUCUGGAGCAGCUUCACCGGUUUAUCUUCGUCAUGGCUGUGACUCAUGUAGCGUAUAGUUGUUUAACAAUGUUGUUGGCAAUUGUAAAGGUCAGACGAUAAUCCCUUUGCCUGAUCACAAUCAUCACUCUUAUGUUUUUGUUUUUUCUCAGUUCACCUUCUGCACAUCUGGGUGUAGUUUUUUCUUCUCUUACUUUUUUAAUGUGGAUUGGACUACAUGUCCAUGAGUUAGAAGGUAUUUAGGCUGUAAGUGUCAUUCCAGCUUUGCUCCCUGAAUAUAAUGUUAAAUGUUAUGAAAACUUUCAAGCACCAAAUUAGAAAGUUCCUGAUAUGAUACUAGCUUUUAGCCAAAAGUAUGAGAAAUCUCUCGUUUUAGCUUAUUUACCUUUACGAGGAGAAGAAAAAAAAUACAGGCAAGUAACUGAGGAUAACAUUUGAUUAGUAAGUAUUUGUUUAUUAUGUUUAUGCUCAUAAAAAAAUGAGAAGAAGAUCAAAACCUUUUAGUGAUGGGUCUAUGACCAAUAUAUGCCACUCUGGUUUGAAAUGUAUAGUAAACUUGAGUAGUUUUACUUGAGAGCCACCAAAUAACAGGGUUACUCGAAGUUCAAUAUUGUUUCUAGAAUUCUGCAUCUUCGACUUAGGCUGCUUUCAUUCAGAAUGCAUGCAUAUAUAGUCACUGACCAUGCUUGUUGAUAAUCAGAUUCAAAUUCUUGUAAUGGAUUAUUCCACACAACACUUGCUUAUGUUAUGAGCUUAAGAUACAUUAAUCUUGACUGCAAUGGUUGAUGGACCGUAGAAGCAGAUUUGAUUUGCCAUCAGUAGUGGACAGCCAUUCAUAACUCGUUGUGCAUGAGUUUUCAACCCAAUGACUCGGAGACCUUGAUUUAUAUACCCUAGGGCAUGUAAUAAUUGACGUUAUCUAUUGAUUUAGCUUCCAUCAUCAGAAGUGUAGAAGGCAGCAUUCAAGAACUAUUUUUGUUUUUUCUGCUCUUAAUUGUGGUUGCUGUUUUAAUAUAUACUGGAUAAGCAAACUAUACAACAACUAUGUAACUAUAAUGUUUGGCAUCUUUUGUGCAGUACUUUGAUCAACUGUGAAUUGCAUUAACACUUGUUCUCUAACUGUGGUCCGACUGUUGUGUUGAAUUUCAUGGUUUCUCUCCAUGUAACAUUUAAGAAGAGUUUUGACAUAGGCGUCCACUAAUUAUUGUUAAUGAUACUUUGUGGAUAUCUUAUAACUUGGCUAUAUGACAAAAGGUAACAUUUAUCCUUUUUUUCUCUCGUGUAACUAUUACCAGUCGUCCCUGGUCACCGGUUCUGGUAGGAACAUUGAACUUCAGUUGCUCAGGAAGCCAUUUUAGUCAGGAACUAUCGAUUUUAUUUUUCUUUUGUUUAAUAGUUGACUUCCCUGAUCAUUUUAGAAAGCACGAGGCCUGACAACUCUGUUGUUUUCCGUCAAAGCUUUGGGCUCUCCAGUUCUUCUUGGCAAUGCAUUUUAAUCACUCAUGAAAUCUUUGUCAUUGCAUUUCCCUUGCGGGUAUAGUUCUCUUUCUCCUGAAUCUCCCCAGAAAAAAAUGUGAGGAUGUUGAUGAUUUUGAAACUGAUGUAUCAGAUGGCUACGAUGCAGCUUUGUUUCAAAAGUAAUCUGAUAUAUGUUACUCAAUUGUGGAUAUUGGUUUCGCUACUUAUUUUUUUCUUCAUACAAUAGGCUUUCCUUUUUCAUCCGUACGUAUUUUUGCAUAUAUAGAUAUAUAUUGCUCAGGCAUUUUAUUUGCAGAUACAUACAUGGAGGAAAUGGGAAGAAGAAGCUCAUAGAAAUCGCCACGAGACAUUAACUGGUGAUCUUAUAUUAUUCUUGAAUCUAUCUUCAAACUUAUUCGUAGGCUAGUUUCGUCAUUCACAUUGAUACUUCUUCACGUUUGGAAAAGUGAAACUGUGGACGAUUGCUUAAUAGGUUCAAAUUUACCAUUAUCAGUAAGAAAUUUGGUGUGCAAUGGGACUCUUACAUUCAUGCUAGGACAUCUUUUCUUCCCUGGAACUUCUCCCAUCUCACCGUCUGUUGCCAGAAGGUUUUAUUUAGCCAGACGUUUCUAUGAAUCCAUUUCCUGUAUCACAUGUUAUUCUUUUUUGUUUCUUGAUAUUUACACUCUUGUAUGCUUUAAUUUAUGUUCAGUGGUCACCAGAGCCUUAACCAUGAGGAGACAGUCAACAUUUGUGAAGUUACAUGCAUCAAGCUCUUGGAGUAGGAAUGGGUUCAUUGUUUGGUUGGUAGGUUGAUAAAAUUGUUGCCUCUGUUGACCAUAGACUUCCUGACGUUCCGUGCUCUUUCUAUCCAGCUUAUUUGCUCUUCUUCUUGAGUUAUUACAGUGCACAUCUCAUGGAGCAUAUUGCAGAUGUCUUUCGUACUAAUCCCGAAAAUGACACAAAUACCUUGGGUUUAGCAUGUUGUCUCUCAUACUCGUGCACUUCAAAUAGAGAGGACGAAUGCAGGCCUCAAGUCAGCUGUCGUCUCUUUGAAAGAUAAUAUUUCUACAAUAUGUAUAGAAUAUUUUUAUGUUUAUAAGAAAUUUUAAAAAAAAUAUUUUACUUUAAUGUAAACUAAAAUAACCCCGAUUAUAUUUUUUGGUUUUCCCUUUCCUCCUCAUCUUCUUCACUUGGGACUGCGUUGAACAGUGGAGCUAGAUCCCCAACACUGCCUGACAAUCUCCGGUGUGACUGAUCUAUGUAACGGGGGCAAAAUAUUUGCUGAGAAGCAAGGACUUGCUUGGCACUUAGCUCAUGGUGUCGCCGAAGGUCUACAACCAGACCUCCUUUGACAGUUACCAAUUCCUAGCCAUAUUUGGGGUCAGGGUCGUGCACUUCAAUGCCCUAUUUGCUGUGCACGAUGCCUUGCAUUUCUCAGGCCUCAGAAGAGGUGCUUGCUGAAGUCCGCAUGAAAUUUUCCUCUGAUUGGCCAUCAGUAGAAAGUUGACACUCUGUUUAGGGGGAAGGGGAGGUUAGGGGGCGGGCUAGGUAAUGUGUGCAUAAAAUCUGCAUGAUGACUAUUAUCAACUAUUAUCAUUUUUGGCUCCUAUCUCUCUCUCUCCCUCUUUUCAAAUUCAGGAAAGAAAUGAUGCAUCACUGGCAACUAAUCCAACAUCUCUGUUAAUGUCACAUGUUUUACGCAGUUUCUUUUUAUGGUUAGCCCACAACCUAUUUGCGAUUAACUAAUAACCCUUUAGGAGAAUGGAAUCCGAUAUGCUAAUGCCGAACAUGAUAGUUUUCGUUGAUAUCAAGGAAAAAAGAUAUCAUUUUACCAUUAGAUUAUCCUUUAUCAUCAUACUUUUGUUUAACAAAGUCAACAUUUUUCCUGGACAGACUUGUUUCUUCCGUCAGUUUGGACGUUCUGUUGUGCGUGCUGAUUACCUCACCCUCCGAAUGGGUUUCAUUACGGUGAGGAAAUUUACUCUAUCGAAAAUGUGUCAUCACCGUAAAUUUCAUCAUGUACUCCAACUGUAAAAUGACCCUUCCCCUUCGCUUCUUAUGGGAACCAAUAUCUUUGUGUUCUUUUUAUCUAUCUGAUCCAGCCUUCCAAUUAUUUUGCUUAGUACACAUUUCUGAACUAUUUCAUAGUUGUGUGACUAAGCUCCACCUUUUUUUCGUCACUUUUUUUUUCAAUGAGUUAGUAAUCUUUUUAUUUAUUUGAACAUUGCAGAACCACAACCUUACGCCGGGAUAUGAUUUUCAUAGCUAUAUGAUUCGCUCAAUGGAAGAAGAGUUUAAAAUGAUUGUAGGUGUGAGGUUAGUGGAGAGAUCGCAGAAAAUUGAAGCGAAUGUCAGUUAAUACUAGUGUCCCAAUUUUCUGUGCAAUUUUCAUUGCUCGGUCUCUUCUUUUGCUCCAAAUUCUGCCAUAUGCAUGUCCUCAUUGCCUUUGGAACUGAGUUUUCAUCUUUCAUAUUUUACAGAAUGAACUUUCAGAAAUGAAACGAUGAAACUUAGGUUUCAUCUUUUUGUUUUUUCAUUUCAGCAUGAUUUUACUUAUCCCAGUGUGAUUGAUUUUUUACAUAAUUAGGAUUCAUUUGUUAUGCCUUUUCGUUUUCUCUGGGGGUUUAAUACGAUAAAAAAAUCUCACUUUUCCUAGCUGAAUUCCCACUGAUAGGGCUCGUCUUAUUUUUUUAUCCAUUGCAGUGCACCGUUAUGGGGCUUCGUUAUUGCAUUUAUGCUGUUCAACAUAAACGGUGAGAUAUUAUUCAUUUUCCACGCUAUCAUUGACCUCAAAAUCUAGCUGACUGUUUGAAGUUUUUGAUACAUAUUGAAAUAAUUCUGAAGGGCAUGUCCAUUAUCUGUGUGACUUAAAACGGAGUCUGUUGUCAGUAUAGCUGUCAAAUUCAACCCUUUCUUUCUAUACUUUUUCAAUCUAUUUGUUAUAAACGCACAGACAUGUAAAAAGAGAAAGUAGAGGUGCUAUUUUUGUUCACUGUUUUCUGUUUAUAUUGCCUUUCAUCUCUAACAACCAUAUAGCUUAGAAAUUUUUCGUGUUUUCCAGGUUCGAAUCUAUACUUUUGGAUUGCCAUCAUUCCGAUAACAGUGAGUAGUCUGUAAGCCGACUCCAGUUUUUUAAAGUUUUUUUUAAUGAUUUCCUGCAUGGGAUUGAAGUUUCUUUUCUUCUCAUCCAGCUUGUUCUUCUCGUUGGGGCAAAACUGCAGCAUGUCAUUGCAACCUUGGCCUUGGAAAGCUCUGAACUGACCGCGCGUAUUUCUGAAUCAAAAGUGCUAAAUCCUCGUGACGAGCUUUUCUGGUUUAAUAAACCAGAAUUAUUAUUGAUGUUAAUCCAUUUCAUUCUUUUUCAGGUUAGUUUUCCUCUCGGUGGAGUUGAAGAAUAAUAUAGACCUAUUCUUUUUAUUAUAGUUUGAGGUGGCACUACUAAUCAUUCUUUUCUUUCCCUGCAGAAUUCAUUUGAACUGGCGUCAUUCUUCUGGUUUUGGGUACUUUCUGUUUCCAACUUGUAUUGUUCCCAUACGCAUCCAUGCAUGCUGUUAGUUUGAGGUCACAUUUUCUUUUUGUCGAUAGGGAACUGUUUAUACGCAGACACACCACUGCAUACAUCUCUUUUUAUGAUUUACUGAUCAUCCGAUACCACUCGUUUUCAAAAAGAUAGGAGGUUCUUUAUGUAGUGCAUCUGAGAUAAUUGCUUGAAUCAGUUUGCCAAAACCACCCCCUGGAGCAAGACACAGGUGGGGAGGGCAUUUGAUUACCUUCAGCCCUAAAGGAUACCUACAGGCGUAUGUCAUCGGGACACCAUCCCACCUUGUGUUCUUUAAUGCAACACCUGCUAUUAUGAAUAAUCUGUUGAUCAAUGCGGCCAUUCACCAUGCCACCAUGUCUUGUCAAAUCAUCCUCACAUCACUGCAUAGUUGCUCACCAUCAAUUUUCGGAUUUUUUCAUGCCCCGGUUCUUUUUUUAAUUUAUGCAGUGGCAGUUUGGUUAUGAUUCAUGCUUCAUCAGGAACCAUUGGAUAGUGUAUGCACGCCUGUUUCUGGGGUAUGUGGUUCCUGCAUAUCCUUGCCAUAGGCAAUUUUUCCAUUGAUUCUGAUCGUAAUAUGCGACACUUUGUCAGGUUUGCUGGUCAGUUCCUCUGCAGCUACAGCACAUUGCCUCUAUAUGCGCUGGUCACCCAGGUCUGUUGGCUUCAUGCUUGCCAGACAAGUUUUUAUCAUCUUGUGCUUUUCCUUUCUUUCAUCAUUUUUUUUCCCCAUAUGUUAGCUAGUAUCUUGUGCUCCAAAUCCUUGAAAAGCUGAGCCAAUCUGGUUUAUGAGAAGAAUAUCAAGGAAAAUAUGUGUAACAAAAUACUACUCAUGUUGCUCAAUGGGGCCAAUUGAACAGAUAAAUCGUAUGCUCCGCAGAGUCGGUUAGGAAGUCAGUCUAGAUCACAUCAAUCUUUCGCAAUGAGUUAGAACUUUAAAUGAUCUCGAGGGGGUUGGAGGUGUUGACGGACGAACUACGUUUCCUCUUUGAGAUUUAACAGUUCGAAUCCUUGUUUCCAGAUGGGUACAAACUAUAAAGCUGCUCUCAUUCCUCGAAGAAUCAGAGAAACGAUCCAUGGUUGGGGAAAGGAGGCCAGGAGGAGGAGGAAGCAGAGGCAUGGCUACGACGACUCUACCAUACGGACAGAGACGAGCACCGUCUGCUCCAUUGAAGAUGACGACCAGCUGCUCCAGGACCCCUCCGACAGCCAUUACGUCCAAAUCGGGCUGCAACCGACGGCUGCUUCAGACUCCAUAGCUGGAAGAGUCAAAGACUACGUGACCGAAGCAGCAAUCUUCAGCGCCAGUGUGGAUGCCCCCUUACUGCACUCCGCUUCUCUUCCUUCCUCUCCCUCAGUAUCCAGGAUGCCGCGUCAUGAGAUCUUGAGAUCCUCCUCGAUGCCCCAAAUAGAAAGGCUGAGGAACUUCGGCUCAAGCAGAUUCAAAGGGUGA